AUGGUAAAAACUCGACACCAGUACACAAUGGAACAACAAUCAAGUAAUGCAAACAUGGAUACACAGACACAGUCAGACACAGAAAUUAAUACAGACACGCAAACGCAUCAAAAUAACCUGCUACACAUACACACAAACGCCGAAAGGAGCAACUCCGAACCUAACCUGAGAGACCACGUCACGUCUAAUGACGCGGCGGGGGCAAGCUCAUUUUGCAAUCAAAAUUUUGGCGCUAUACUGAAUUCCAUUUUGGAAGGCAUAUCCAAUAUUAAGCAAGAUAAUGACGAAAAAUUCUCACAAUUAAUGACAGACAAUGCAGCCUUCAGAAAUGACAUAAAAUCAGACUUCGCCACACUGACUCAAAAGGUAGAUGAAAUUAAUACACGUCUUUCCAAACAGGUCGACGAUCUUACGGAAAAAUUCGAAAAUUUAGAAUUACGACAAAGCGACAAUGCCAAUCACAUCCAUGACUUGACAAAAACCUGUGAAACUAUUAAUUGCAAACUAGAAUCAAACACGCACGCAUGUGACGAAAUUAAUUUAAAGAACCAUGUACACACAGGGAAGAAUUCAAUGAUUACACGGAAAGAAACAGACGAACACGUAACAAAGAAGAAGAAAGUCUAUUCAAGCACCGGAGAUAACCCGUACAAAAAACGAAGAAACAACAAUUUUAAUUCAAGAAGGAAUAAUGGAAACAACAACGAACACAAAGCAAAACAGAAACACUGGCAAAGAAACAACAACACAGAUUACACAAGAAAUGGAACACUUACACCGCACUUUAAUCAGAACGACAACCAGUAUUAUGUGAGACAGUGGCAAACACCGCAACCGCCACCACAAAAUCAUAUUCAGAUGCCACAAGGGAAUUUUGCGCAAACAAGCCACACAAACCAACAAGUGACUUCAGCCAAACGAAACCAGACAGGUGAUUGGCAAAGACAAUAUCCUAAUCCCUUAGCAGAGUAUGCUGAUACAAAAACAAGACAAGCUGACAGACUAAAUGACCGGAGACAAUUGCUGCUCUGA